AUGGAGUGGGAACCUGAACAAGAAGGAUUAAGGCAAAUACUUACACUACUUAAGGAGUCUCAAUCACCAGAUACUGCUACACAAAGAGCAGUUCAACAAAAAUUGGAAGAGUUAAACAAAUAUCCCGACUUUAACAAUUAUCUGAUAUAUGUAUUGACAAAACUUGUCUCUGAGCUGGAGCCAACGAGAUCCCUAAGCGGUUUGAUUUUGAAGAACAAUGUGAAGGCUCGUUACAAUAGCUUUUUACCUGAAGUAGCUGAAUUUAUAAAACGCGAAUGUCUAUCUGCGGUUGGAGAUCCAUCACCAUUGAUCCGAGCUACAGUGGGUAUUAUAAUCACAACUAUUGCUAGCAAGGGUGAACUGACAUCAUGGCCAGAGUUAUUACCUGCAUUAUGUCAAAUGCUAGAUUCCCAAGAUUACAAUGUAUGCGAGGGUGCAUUCGGAGCGUUACAGAAGAUUUGUGAAGAUACAGCUGAGUUGCUGGAUAGUGAUGCUCUAAACAGACCUUUGAAUGUGUUAAUACCGAAAUUCUUACAAUUUUUCAAGCAUUCUUCCCCCAAAAUCAGAUGUCAUGCUAUAGCUUGUGUAAAUUACUUUAUUAUGGGUAGAACACAAGCUCUUAUGCUUCACAUAGAUUCUUUUAUAGAGAAUUUAUUUCACUUGGCUGCUGAUGAAGAUCCUGAUGUGAGGAAAAAUGUUUGUCAUGCAUUAGUUUUACUUCUGGAAGUUCGGUUAGAUAGGCUUAUACCUUAUUUGCCAAACAUUAUUGAGUACAUGUUGAUGCGCACACAAGAUCAAGAAGAGGGAGUAGCAUUAGAAGCAUGUGAAUUUUGGUUAUCACUUGCGGAACAAAAUGUAUGCAGAGAGGUGUUAGGUCCUCGCCUACCUGCUUUGCUGCCAGUGUUAGUCCGUGGGAUGCGUUACUCUGAAAUGGAUGUGAUCUUAUUACGAGGCGACCGGGACGACGACGCCGAUGACGCGGAGCCGGACCGCGAGUCCGACAUCCGACCGCGCUUCCACAAACCACGCUCGCACACUAUCAAACAUAAUGCCGGCGGCGGUGACAGUAACAUGUCGGGGGGCGGCGAGUCCGACGACGAGGAGGAGGGCGGCGGAGACGACGACGGCUCGCUCUCCGACUGGAACCUGCGCAAGUGCAGCGCGGCCGCGCUCGACGUGCUCGCUAACGUGUUCGGCGCGGACCUGCUGCCAGUGCUCUUCCCCAUACUGAAAGAGACACUUUUUCACGACGACUGGGUUAUCAAAGAGAGCGGCAUCCUGGCGGUGGGCGCGGUGGCGGACGGCUGCAUGGGCGGCAUGGUGCCGCACCUGCCCGACCUCGUGCCCUACCUCGUGUGCUGCCUCGGCGAGCGCAAGGCGCUGGUGCGCGCCAUCACCUGCUGGACGCUCUCGCGCUACUCGCACUGGAUCGUGUCGCAGUCCCACGACCUGUACCUCCGGCCCGUUAUGACCGAGUUACUGAAACGCGUGCUGGACAGCAACAAGCGCGUGCAAGAGGCUGCGUGCUCUGCGUUCGCGACGCUGGAGGAGGAGGCGUGCACGGAGCUGGUGCCGUACCUGGGCCACAUCCUGCAGACGUUGGUGUACGCCUUCAGUAGAUACCAGCACAAGAACCUGCUGAUCCUGUACGACGCGAUAGGCACCUUGGCGGACUCGGUCGGACACCAUCUGAACAAGCCGGAGUACAUCAACCUGUUGAUGCCACCCCUCAUCACUAAGUGGAAUGUUUUGAAGGACGAAGAUAAAGAUCUGUUCCCUUUGCUCGAGUGCUUGUCAUCAGUGGCCACCGCCCUGCAGUCCGGAUUCCUGCCAUACUGCGAACCAGUAUUUAGGAGAUGUGUUUCACUUAUAGAGCAAACAUUAAAUCAAAAUAUCGCGAACACGCAGAGCCCGGAGCAGUUCGAGGCGCCGGACAAGGACUUCAUGAUCGUGGCGCUGGACCUGCUGAGCGGGCUGGCCGAGGGGCUGGACGGGCACAUCGACCACCUCGUGCUCAACUCCAACCUCAUGCAGCUGCUCUACCAGUGCAUGCAGGACCAGAUGCCCGAGGUUCGUCAGUCAUCGUUUGCGUUGUUAGGAGACCUGACGAAAGCGUGUUUCCAGCAUGUGUUGCCCUACAUACCAGAGUUCCUGCCCAUCCUGGGCUUGAAUCUCAACCCUGAGCUCAUCUCUGUGUGCAAUAACGCCACUUGGGCUAUUGGAGAAAUCAGCAUUAAGUUAGGACCGGAGACUUCGAAAUAUAUCCCUCUCGUUCUGCACCACCUCGUGGAGAUCAUCAACAGGCCCAACACGCCCAAGACCCUGCUCGAGAACACAGCGAUUACUAUCGGUCGGCUAGGUUAUGUGUGCCCGCACGACGUCGCACCCGUUUUACAUCAAUUUGUACGCCAGUGGUGCACGUCGCUGCGCAACAUCCGCGACAACGACGAGAAGGACUCCGCAUUCCGCGGCAUCUGCCAGAUGAUCCAGGUGAACCCCGGCGGCGUGGUGCCGGACUUCAUGUUCUUCUGCGACGCCGUGGCCUCCUGGACGCACCCCAAGGACGACCUCAAGGAGAUGUUCACCAAGAUCCUGCACGGGUUCAAGGCGCAGGUCGGCGACGACAACUGGCGCCGCUUCACCGACCAGUUCCCCGUGCAGCUCAGCGCGCGCCUCUCCGCCAUGUGCGGCAUA